AUGGAGCCGGAGCCGGGGGAGCUGCGGCCUCAGCGGGCAGGGGAAACGCGGCCGGAGCGAUGGCGGCGGCGUCUGAACGAGCGGCUGCUGAGCCGCGGCCCCGGGUACGGCUCGGCCGUGGUGGCCCCGGUACCGGAGGAGGAGGAGGAAGAUCUGCGGCGCCGCCUCAAGUAUCUCUUGAUGAGUCCCCGUGACAAGUACCAGGCCCGCGGCAGGUGGCCCGUGAAGCUCGUGCUGCAGCUCGCCAAGAUCGUCCUUGUCACCGUGCAGGACAGACAAAAAACCAACAGCAAUUAUAACAAUCGUAGAACAGAACCAAGAACCCCGAGGGCAAGCGGUGGAAGCUCCGGCGCUGAUGGCUGGAAGCCGGGCGCGGUGGACUGUCCUCUGCAGGCACGGGGUGUCCUCGGCAGGCAGGGGUGGCAGUGCCGGAGAAGCCGCAGCGGCGGGACCCGGUCUCACCCAAAAUCCAGCAGGACAGCGAAGAAAACUCUGAAUUCCUGGAUACUCCAACAGAUGGUAGAAUUCCCAGGACCAGACUCCUUCGUUAACCGUGGACUCCAGCAGCCAGCCGUGGCCCGAUCCGUGCUCCCCCCAGAAGAAGAAAAGAGCCGCGAGAUCCCCCCACCCUCAGCUCUCUCCGGGAGCUUUUUUUCCCUCCCCCAAAACUAAGUUAUCAGUUCUUUUGUCCAGGUUAAGCACUCAGCACUUAGUCUCCUAGCAACUUGGGAGGGGGAAAAAAUUCUACAGGAGACUUAAACCUCAACAGGGAUUAAUAUCCCAAGAGCACCCAUGGUUCUGCCGGAUUGAGUUUAUGCCCAAGAGCAUCUAGCGUUGGACAACACAGCUGGAUUGUGGGGAUAUCCAAUAGCACCGGGACUGGCCAGUCACACCUAAAAUUGUAACAGGUGAUUUGAACGUAAAAGGUACAUUCUUGUUGUCUUGUGUGAGAGUGAGUCACACACAAAAUCUGCCUCAGCUUCCCUGGGCAGGUGGGACUGUGGCAGGAGGUGUAUGUGACCCGCAAACAGGCCAUUGUUCCCCCAGGCAGGUGGGGGCUAUAGCAGAACAUGUGUGUGACCCACAAACAGGCCAUUGUUCCCCCAGGCAGGUGGGGGCUAUGGCAGAACCUGUGUGUGACCUGCAAACAGGCCAUUUUCCCUCCGGGCAUGUGGAGGGGGAGCCGUGUAAAAGUGUAAGUGACACGCAAAUCAGCCUCAUCGGUGGAUGGGCACCAGAGGCGACCAGAUUCUGGGCCCUCCUCAGAGGCCCAGCUAUACUGGAACCCAGAGGCCAAGCCCAAGGCAAGGGGCCACACGGAGCUGCAAUUCUCUGGCGACAGGUGUGGUGGUGUGAGAGUUGUUUUUAUUAAGUUAUUAAGUUAGUUUUGUAAGAUGUUAAAGUUAUUUUAUAAUGGUUUAGUUCACUGUAUACCCCUGUGUUCUGCAUUGGUUUUCCAUUCUGCAUUGGUUGUUUGGUCUAUUGUAAAAUCAGACGUUUUCUGUCAUUCAUCCCUUCCCUGCACCUGUCGCUGUCAAUCCCCCCCCCCCCCCCGCCUCCUCGUGGUCGCCCUGUCACUCAGAGACCCUUCCCUGGCUUCUGGAAAACUCCGGGAAGGGUGCCGAGUGAUAGGCUGGGGCCCGGGAGACCCCCUCGCCUCAUUUUGUGGUUGGUCCCCAGUUCCAUGGUUCACACCCCCGGUUAACCCCCCGAUCCCUGUGACUGGCUGACCGGUUGUCGCCACCCCCGUUUCCACCCACCCUUAAAACCUGCUGCACGCCUGGCCUCGUGGUCUCUUCUGGGCGGUGGGUCAGAGAGUGCUGAGCCCCGUGCUGCCUCUCCCCCUGAAUAAAAUCCUGUUUAACUGAGCCCAGAGGAGUCCGCCUUUUGAUUGGCUGCCGUGGGUUGCAUUUGCCAUCU